CGCGCCGGAGGGGGGGCGGGGGAGAGCCCGGCGGGCGCGCGCACGCACGGGGCAAGGCGCGGCCCCGCGGCGGUGCGUGCGCGCUCCCUGCCCCCCCCCCGCCUUCCCCUCUCUCUCUCUCCCUCUCUCUCCUCUCUCCGCCGCCGCGCUCGGUCGGUUCUUCCCCCCCUUUGUGAGGCGCUCGGAGUGGCCCGGACAUCGCUGACUCGCCAUGGCCGACGAGAAGCCCAAGGAAGGAGUGAAGACUGAAAACAAUGACCACAUUAAUCUGAAGGUGGCAGGGCAAGAUGGGUCUGUGGUGCAGUUUAAGAUUAAGAGGCAUACACCACUUAGUAAACUAAUGAAAGCCUAUUGUGAACGACAGGGGUUGUCAAUGAGGCAAAUCAGAUUCCGGUUCGAUGGGCAGCCAAUUAAUGAAACAGACACACCUGCACAGUUGGAAAUGGAAUCUAAGACUACUUUAGUGUUUUGAGUAGUAAGUAGGUAUCACUGUAGUAAUAAAAUAAGAAAAUGAAGUAUAGUGUACAGAUGGUGAAUCUUGUAAAACUGUCACUUUAUUGAGUCACAGCUCUGAGAUGAGAAUGGGUAAGUUAAGAAUUGAGUUUUUCCUGAAGCGAUGACUUUAUUUUUUUAUAAAAGUUUGCCAGGAUGUUAUCAAAGGUGCUGUUUGUAAUACAAAAGUCAUUUUCUGUUAUUUUAAGCUCUGUUUCAGCAGCAUAAAAUUUAAGGCAUACUAUGAAGUUUGGGUUGUCUGUUUGUAAUUGGUUAAAAUGAAGGCCAUUCCAAGAACAGAAUGGUUCACUGUUGACUCUUGUGUAUUUUUCUGUACUGCUCCACGUAACUCUGUUUAAUCAGCCUUUCCAAAUGAUACAGUUUUUUAUGCUUUUCAGAACCACUUGUUACAAAAUAAGGGACUGUUGUUUUUAGAUUUAUAGUAGAUCUGUAUUUUCUAAGCAUUUGCUCCCAAGAAUGUGCCUCUUAUGGCUGCAAUCGAUGCAGUUUUUUAACUUGGAAUACUGAUAAUUGAGGCAACAGGGUGCUUUUCUCUCCAUCCGUGUUAUGCUGAAGCUAAGGAUCAGUCUAUUUAUAGCUGCGGUAAAUGCCAUAAACCAGUUUGAUUUCCUGGAGCAGAAAUUGAGACUGUUUAGAAAUAUAACUGACAUUAGUUAUAGCAACUCCGUCAGUCUUGGUACAGGUUUUGUCAGUAGGUAACAUUAACAUCCCAGGAAUAUCAACGGUGAAGAUUACAGUGAAAAAAGAGAAUUAUAUUAAUGAAGUAUUGCUGUUCCUGGACAGCAAUUUGUUACAUUGUUGACCAUGUAAAGUGUUUUUAAUUUUUUUGUGCUUGCUGAUGUUUGGUUUUACUGCCUGGUUGGGCUAGGGACCUUAAUUAUAGUCUGCUUUCUUUAGUGCUGUAGCUGAAGCCACUUGCACAUUUGAACAACAGCAGCAAAGUGGAAUUGUGGCAAUGUUCUAAGGUAAAACUGAGGAAAUAAAUAGGAGAAAGAAGAUGCAAUGGCAAAGUAGGCAACAGAAUGAAAAUAUUAUGAAUGCUGAUCUUUUCCAUAGGAAUCAUACAAUGCACCCUGAAGUUACGUAGUAGAAUUCAUUCUAGGACAACGGUUAUCAACUGGCAUUUUUUUUUCCAGGCAAUUUCUUUGCUUUUGAGUUACAGUGAGGUAGGUUAAAUGUACAAAGUGAUGAUGAUGGAGGGGAGCGGGGCUGGUCUAGUUAAGUUGCGUAAAAAAUAAACAUGAAGAUAGGAAGUGUAAGAACAACCCAGCCUGUAGUAGAGAUCUGAGAAGAGUUGAAAGCCUUUUUUCUCUUUUCUGCUGUAGUUGGAAAUGGAGGAUGAAGAUACAA